UUGCAUCAAGUAAAAUCUGGCAAGCAACAAGAUCUGAAGUAGUAAACCAAACUACCACUACUUGAGGAACAACGGUUCUUUAUAAUAUAUAGUCGCGCUGACAUCAAUAUCAAUAAAGAAGCUGCCAGCUUGGAAAUAUCUUCAGUUUGUUAUUUUUCGUAAAAGUAAACAAACUAAUUAAACGCAGCAGUCAUGGCUAAAAUGGCAUUUCAGCAUCAAGCAGGCACUGCUAUGGAAUGCUUGUGUAUUCCCAUCACACUCCACAAGGAAGUUGAAGGAGACAAACUCAUCUGUGGCUUCAAAAUUGGUGGAGGCAUUGACCAGGACUGCUGGAAAAGUCCACAAGGAUAUACAGAUAAUGGCAUCUAUGUGACUGAAGUUCAUGAGUCCAGUCCAGCUUCUAGAAGUGGAUUGAGGGUUCAUGAUAAGAUUUUGCAAUGCAAUGGAUAUGAUUUUACUAUGGUUACCCAUAAGAAAGCAGUCAGCUAUGUCCAGAAGCAUCCUGUACUCAAUUUGCUGGUGGCACGAAAAGGAGUCACAUCUACAUAGCCAAUAUUCCAUGUGGAAUUUAUUCCAUUUCUCAGUAUUACACCUAAAAUUUUUGAAAACAUUGUGUCAUACCAAUACCAAAUAGUCCAAUAGAUAUUUUUUAACUGUUUAAAUAGAAUAUUUUAUUAACUAUUUUUUAAUUAUGCUGCUAAAUG